AACACAUCCUUCACUUUCAAGUUUCAACCAGCACACAACACGUAGUCUCUCUCUCUCUCUCUCUCACACACACACGCUCGCACAAAGGUAGAGAGGCGCAUUUUAUCUUCACCUAUUUCUCUCUCUCUCUCUCACACACACACACACCACAUGAAAAGAGCCUCUGAAACAAGGCUUCUGUGGUUAUUCUAAGCCAUUUUUUUUCUGCAUCUUAAUUUUAUCGAUUUCUCGAGUAAUUUUCAGUUAAUUGUUAGAAGUUGUUCGGCGCAGGUUUUCGCAAGAUGGAGGUGACAGCUGAAGGGGCUUCGCUAACGUGCGCGGCGGGGCCGCUGUCCUUCCUUUUCCUCUUGGUCAAAGCUCACUACACAGCUCAGUUGGGGAAUUUUGCAAAACUACUGAUGCUGACUACAAUGGAAGGCCAAUUGGAAGCUGUUGAUGCCGAGGGAGGAGCUGGUGAGGAGAGCGACGGCGAAGAUGCUGCUGCCGGUGGUUCGGGAGAGGAUGAUGGCGAAGGGGAGUAUUCUGAGGAAGGCGAACAGGAGAACGAGGCCAACAGCAACAGCAAUGUAAUACCCGCUCUUUGUUACCUUUUCUUUAAGACUAAUGUCAACCUAGAGAAAUGUUUGUUGUUUUCAAAUCAGAAAUAUUAGUCGAUGGUCUUGCUUGGUUGCUAAUUUGAAGAGUGUCGAUCAAACUAAAACAGAUUUUCGUAUAUACGUGUGAAAUACAAUAAACGUCAAGAAAUAAAAAUGAUUUACACAUGUGUUGACAAAAAAAAAAAGAAUUUAAGAAUACAAAUAUACAAAGAGUUGGGCCUCGACUCUCGAACAC